GCUGAUAAACUUGCAACUUUGAAUAAAAAACGAAAACUUUCAACAAAUAUGACGAAGAACACCAAUUACUGAUAAGAAAAAUGGGUGAUGUUUACAAUACAAAGUUCAGUGAUAAGGACUUGUAAAAAAAUCAAAAAAUGGAAAUCUCCAUUUUAUCAUCUGCAGAAAAUGUGAAAUAAUAUUCAAACCAUCUCUGUCGUUGAACUCGAAGACAUGCGCCGAAUUUCAAAUAAGGUAUAUCAUUGGUCUAAUUAAUUAAUUACUCUAUCAAAAAUGAUCAUUUUCAGCAUCAUAUAAUCAGCACAAUGAGCUACAGGAUGAUCCGAAAAUGCAAGUGCAAAGCUACAUCCAGAACCACUUCUGACUUCAGUCAUCAUCCUACAAUGUAACAACGCUCAUCUACAUGUACACUAAAAAGUAUCUAGAUGGAAAUCAUGUUUUCAUAAUAUCCUGGCAGACGAUAUAGGAAGAACCAUGUCUCCUGACUGAAUACAUUGUGUCAGAAAGUGUAACUUUCGCUUGCGCGUAAUUAUCGAUUGUGCGCUAUGGGAGCUUUUUGUUUUCAUUUUGACCAAAUAAGAUCAACUGCACAUGAAGAAAAUGUUACUGUUGACAGCUAAAAUGGGUGUAAUAUAUUGAUAAUGUCGCUACCACGUUAACAGAAUUUUUGAUUUUUUCUCUCUCCUUUUUUUUUUACUUCGAAAAAAUGCCGAAAAAAAUUAAAUUCAGAGUUUUACGAGCUUCAGGUGAAGAUGAAAAAUACAAAGCAUCCGAGCUCGAUUCGCACGGACCUUCGGUUCGAGGCUGGUUAUCCAGUCGGCAUUGUACUUAUCCUCAAGAAAUAUUAUUUUUAUUGUACACUCCAGCCAUUAUUCAUCAAAUACAGAUUUUAGCUCAUCAUUACAUAAUACCUGAAAGAAUAGACGUAUGGAUUGGCAGUGAUAACGAUGCUGGUUCGCAAAAAACAGACGACGAUAAUAUACAGUUCGAGUAUAUCGGAUUCAUCACAUUGAGCAAUAACGAAAAUACCAAAUUCAAAUGUCGAGAAUUGAAAACCAUCACGAUUCCUUCUACGGAACCGACUAAAUAUGUUAAACUUACUUUGUAUCAGAACCAUCCAAAUAAUCUGAAUGCGUAUAAUCAGGUUGGUUUGGUUGCUGUUCAAAUUAUGGGAGAAGAAAUAUCCGAGAAGGAAAACGAUGCGAAAAAUCCGGAAGAUGGAGUGGAAACUUCGUGUUUUGAUGAUCUUGCAUUCGAAAUGUACGUUGAUCAAGAAAUCGCGGCGAUACUUAAACAACUGGAAGAGAAAAAGAAAAAAGCUGUUUUAGAUGAAAGAUUCGAAUACGCUAGAAAACUAAAAUCAGCCAUGGCUAAAUUACACUCAGCCGGCGAAAAAUUAGGUAAAAUGGAAAUAGCGAAGAAACAAGCUAUUCAGCAAGAAGACUAUUCGAAAGCUAAAAAGAAGAAAUUACAAAUCGAAGAAUUCAAAUCGCAAAUUUACUCCAAUUUGAAUAUCGAUAAUUUAUUGGAGAAAAAUGGGGCUGUACCUUUAAACGACGAAGAAUCAGAUCUCCAAGAUGAAAGCGUCAAUCGAAUUUUAUUCAAAGAUUAUAAUAACGAUAGUAAUUUGAACGCUGUUGAUAAUACAGAAGUGGAUUCGAAAGUAUUGAAGACCUCUCCAUCCGCUACUCAUAUUGCCGCCGAAUCUGCCGCAGCAACUAAUACCUUUGGAAAUGAUUCCGUGCCAGGAGUUUACGAGAGUCCAGUAUCUCCUUUACAUAUUGGAGCUACUACGAUUGGUGCUCCUAGCGAAACUGUGGUACCACCAAAGCAACCGUCUUCGAAAACAGGGUCUUUAAGAAGGAAAAACAAAGCACAGGGUAGUAAUCGCAAUAGUUACGAAUCUGGAGACGAGCAUUCCACCUCGACUUUCCGACCAUUUUAUCACAACGAACCAAAAGAACCCACACCGAACAGUUUGCUUUCCCAAAUACUACUUCAGUCUAAAUUAAACGAACGAGAGAAAAAACAAGCUGUCCUUUCUGUGAAUGUUUUCGGUAAAAAUAUGGUGGAGAAAAUUUUUUCCAAGCAAUAUUCGGAUAAAGAAGAAGCCUUGAAAAUGUUAGAAGCUGCGUUGAAAUCGUUCAUAGCGAAAGAAAAAGAAAACAAAUUGCCGUCCAAAACUCAUUCUUCCAGCAAAAUCGCCAGAGCUUCCACUUAUUUAUUACAUCGUUGUCUUCGUGAUAAAGUAUUCGCAGUUUAUAGCGCAGCUGCCGAAGUGAUACGGUUCUUUUUCACAGAAUUCGUUACAGAAAGGGUGCCUUCUUCAGAAAUUACUCGAAGCGUUGAACUGAUUUUACCAGAUCUUUUAUCGAAAGCAGGCGACACGACGCCUAGAGUUCAUAAUUUAGCUGUCCAUUCGAUACUUAGUUUGGCAGAUGCUCCAGAAAUUAGAAAAUUAAACAUAAUUCCGAGUCAUCUUACGAGAAUUUUGACCGCUAAUAUUCACGCAAGAUUGGCGUUAAGUCGGCUCGAAAUGGUUGAGCAAUUGAUUCUGAAUCAUGGUAUAUCUUCGGAUAAACAGAGUGGAAUGACAUGCAGAAUUUUGGCCGAAUUUGGAUUAUCUGGGUUACAUCAUCCUGCCGAAGCUGUACGAAAGAUGGCUGAAAAAAUAUUAGUUCUCGUGUACCAUUUUAAUCCUCGUUUGGUCAGGAGGCAGCUUCCACCUGAUGACGAUGUUACGAGAAGAAAUAUUCUUUAUCGUCAUUUAAUGCAAGAGUUCGAUCGUGUCGAUGGCGAGCGAAAAAAUCUUUCCAGAAGUGAUAUCUCUGAUAGAGAAAUUAUUUCGAAGUAUUCGAGUUGUUUCGGUAAAACGUUACAUAAAGCUAAAUCUGAACAGAAAUUGAAACGGUGCAUAUUCUGUCAUUUAGAGUCGGAUUUAUUAAAUGAAAAAGAACUGAAUAUUCAUUAUUGGAAGUAUUGCCCGAUGUUGAUGCGAUGUACACAUUGUAACCAAGUUAUUGAAAUUUCAGCGUUGAACGAACAUUUAUCGAGUGAAUGCGAUAUGAAAGCAUUAUACAGGAGAUGCCAAAUUUGUUCGCAGGCUGUUGGUAUUGAGGAGCUCAAUAAUCAUCAUACUUCCAUUCAGUGCACUUUGAUGGCGAUGAAAAAAGUAUGUCCAUUGUGUUUUACGGAACUCGGCGAUGGAGAGAAUAAAUUACGGGUUCAUUUGACAGGAAUUGGUUCUUCUGUUUGUGCAAAACAUCCGAGAGCAAAAUAUCUCAUUAAUAACGUUUCUUAUAAAGCAAAUAAUGCAUAAAAAAAAUUCCUGCGCUAUGAUCAAAGAAAAUUUGCUCGUUCUGUUAGAGUAUUGAUUAUGCAUUUACAAUGUGAUUUGCAUUUAUUAAGAAAAAUAAUUAUAUUGUUUUCAAAAUUC